CGAGAUGAGACUUGUAACAUGUGGAUUCGCUGUCAGGAAGGAGCCAAGGAGCUGCCGGCGCUGCGGGACUUUUAAAAAGUCACUUGGGACUGCGGCUACCUUAAAAGAUUCGGCACCGUUGGGCGGUUGCUGCUGAAAAUCAUCUUCCAGGAUAUCUACUUUAAAUUCAUUUACUCUGUAAUCUUGUUUCACAUUUGCUUUGGUAUCUGCCCUCUCUCUGGAUGUGGGUUGCAUUGGAAAAGGAUGUCCUCAGGGGCUUCCGAGCAUCAUCUCAUGUUGACCAAGAUCAAAGACCUUCAGAUACAGAAAUUGAAGCCCUCUUGCAAUCGCUGUUUGAGGGCAACUUUGAAAGCAUUCUGCUUUCUCCACUCAUAAUGGAAAUGUUCACUGCACCAGUCCCAGAGGAGAAUAUAGAAAUUUAUUUGGUACGACAGAUUUCUGCAUUCUUAGAUGGACCAGCUGAUGUUCAAAACAGACAACUAAUGGUGUUCCUGCUUGGAGUAAGCUGUCUUCACCUUUUUGUUCAAAGCAACUGGACAGGUCCUCCCAUCAUUUCAAUACCACAGGACUUUUUACCAUCUUCUCUCUUUGAACAUUUUUCAGAGCAAAAAGCGGUGUCUGCUACAAUUCUGAGCUGUCUUAUUCUUGAUGGAGAAUCAGCCUACAGCUUGACAGCCAAUCCAAUCUUCCUUCUUAUAGCCAGAGUAAUCUUUGUGAAACUCCGGAAUAAAUUAACAGAAUUCCAGAUGUUGCCAUGGUGGACCCUUCGAUGUAUUAAUGUUCACCAGCAGUUGUUGGAUGAGCGUUCUCCUGAACUUUUUGCCAUUGCGCAAACCUGUACAAAUGAGAUUCAGAAAUGUAAGAACUUCUUUUUGGAAGAAGCUGCCCAAGACUUGUCUGUGCAACAGUGUCUGGAGUGCAGUUACACGUGUCUAUAUUACUAUGACUACAAAAAUGCAAAAGAGCAUCUCAAUGCAGCCAAAGACAUGACCACCCUGCAGAUUAAUUUAACAGGUGCUUUGGGAAAACGGACACGGUUUCAGGAAAACAAUGUGGCCCAGCUUAUUUUAGAUGUGCAGAGAAAAGGGGACCUCUUCUUGCGCCAAGGACUGACACCAGCCCCGACUCCCAUAGAGUACUUACCAAAGAAUCAAGAUUUAGAAGAUGACACAGUUCUUAAUCAAAUUAAAUUAGAGGACCCAGAGCAAUUUCACAUUCCUGAUCUUUGUGCAGAAGAGCUGGCCGUUAUUCUUGGUGUCUGUAUAGAUUUCCAGAAGAACAAUCCCGUGCACAAGUUAACAGAGGAAGAAUUGCUGGCUUUCAACUCAUGUUUGCUCUCACAACCCAAGUUUUGGGCUCUGCAGACCACCGCACUCCUCAUGAGAACCAAACUUGAAAAAGGAAGUGCUCGACGUGUAGAACGAGCUAUGAUGCAAACCCAGGCGCUAGCAGAUCAGUUUCAACAGAAAGAGCCAAAUUGCACGGAAAGACUUAAAAUGUUCUACUGUUCACAGAUGCCUGCAAUUUGGGAUAUACAGAGGCAACUGGCAAGUCUGCUCUUUGACCUGGGAUGCACUAGUUCAGCAUUGCAGAUCUUCGAAAAACUUGAAAUGUGGGAAGAUGUGGUGAUCUGUUAUGAGCGGUUAGGGCAACAUGGCAAGGCUGAAGAAAUUCUGAGGCAAGAACUAGAGAAAAAGGAAACACCACGACUCUACUGCCUUCUAGGGGAUGUAUUAAAAGAUCAUCAGUAUUAUGACAAAGCUUGGGAGUUGUCCAAUCAUCGAAGUGCUCGCUCUCAACGUUCUAAGGGGCUGCUCCAUCUCCGCAACAAGGAAUUCAAACAAUGUGCUGAGUGCUUUGAGAAGUCUGUCAAAAUUAAUCCCAUACAGCUUGGAGUAUGGUUCUCUCUUGGGUGUGCCUAUAUUACCUUACAAGAGUAUGAAGGAGCUGCCAAAGCUUUUCAGCGCUGUGUGACUUUGGAGCCUGAUAAUGCUGAGGCCUGGAAUAAUUUAUCAUCGGCCUACAUCAGGCUUAAACAGAAGAUUAAGGCCUUCAGAACACUACAGGAAGCAAUUAAAUGCAAUUAUGAACACUGGCAGAUUUGGGAGAACUACUUGCUCACCAGCACAGAUGUGGGAGAGUUCGCCGAGGCAGUUAAAGCUUACCACAGACUCAUGGAUUUACGUGAUAAAUUCAAAGAUGUACAGGUUCUGAAGAUUUUAGUUAGAGCAGUUGUUGAAGGAAUAGAGGACCACAAAGGAGAGUCCACAAGUAACUUAAAGCCAAAACUGCUGGAAUUGAUGGGGAGAGUGACAUCACGGGAUUCUAGUGAUGCGGAAAUAUGGAAAGUAUAUGCCAGACUGUGCGGAAACGGUGCAAGUGAAAAGGAUGAUGAAAAUGACAAGGCCUUGCAAUACCUGAUAAAAGCUCACAAAUGUGAAACGCAGAAAACUGGAUGGGAAAGUGAUGUAUCUUCAUUCAAGGAGAUCAUUAGAGGAGCAGUUGAACUUGCACAUGUGGCAAUGAAGUGCAGUGAAAGAAAGAGCAACCCACAGGAAGCUGUGCAAAUCCUUUCCUCGGCUCGUCUGAAUUUACGUAGCCUGUCCUCCAAAGCAAAGCAAGUUUAUACAGAUGCGGCGAGUGGAGAGGUUUUGCCAGAUUUAGCUGAAGAUGUAAAAACGAUGGACAAUAUUAUCAGUGAAAUCCAAGAAAUCAGCAACCAGCUAAGAAAUAAAUACUGAGCACUUAGAACUCUUAUGGACAAAAUCAAAAGCACCAUGCAUGGCAUUCACUUCUUCAAACCAAAUGUCAUCUAAAUAAACAAUUUUUUUUCUAAUAA